AUGGAGCCAAAGGAAGCCCCUGGGAAAGAAAGCAUGGGCACCAAGAAAAGGAAUCUGACCUUCUUGAGGCCCAGGCUCUAUAUGCUGGAGAGAAGGAAGACGGACACUGUGGUUGAGAGCAGUGCUUCUGGGGACCACUCUGGUUCCUUGAGGAGAAGCCAGUCUGACAGGACCGAAUACAACCAGAAAUUACAAGAAAAGAUGACUCCACAGGCCAGGGGUUCUGCAGCUGAGACCUUAACUCAGGAGGAGGAGCAUCAGAUGCAGAGAAUGAUGGCAAAGCGUUUGAGAAUCAUCAAGGAGCUGAUACAGACAGAAAACGACUAUCUCAAUGAUCUAGAGCUGUGCAUUAGGGAAGUGGUUCAGCCCUUGAGAAAUAAACAGAUUGGUCGGCUGGAUGUGGAUAGCUUGUUCAGCAACAUUGAAUCCGUGCAUCAGAUAUCGGCCAAGCUGCUGUCAUUGUUGGAAGAGGCCACAACAGACGUGGAACCGGCCAUGCAAGUUAUCGGUGAAGUAUUCUUACAAAUUAAAGGGCCGCUGGAGGAUAUUUAUAAGAUCUAUUGCUACCACCACGACGAAGCUCACAGUGUACUGGAGUCCUAUGAAAAGGAUGGAGAGCUGAAGCAACAUCUGAGCCACUGUAUCCAGUCCUUAAAGAAAAUAUAUAUGCAAGAAGGCAAACCAAACUUACUGGACAUGGGCUCCUUGAUGAUCAAACCAAUUCAGCGUGUGAUGAAAUACCCACUAUUAUUGUGUGAACUUCGAAAUUCCACCCCUCCCUCUCACCCAGACUUUAGAGCACUGGAGGAUGCCUUUGCUGCGGUGAAAGACAUUAACGUAAAUAUCAAUGAACUGAAAAGACGGAAAGAUUUAGUUCUAAAGUACAAGAAGAAUGAUGAGGAUGAAUCACUUAAAGAUAAAUUGUCUAAACUAAAUAUUCAUUCAAUUAGCAAGAAAUCCAAAAGAGUGACAAAUCAUCUAAAGAUUCUGACCAGAGGAGAAUCACAGGUGAAAGACAAUACCUUCAAUAGAGAAGAAAAGCUAUUUAGAUCUUUAGAAAAGACUGUGAGACAUUGUGUGAAGAACAUAUCAUUCUGUCUUCAACACAUACAGGACGCCCUGCCCGUAGCUCUGCAGAGUGUAAUGGAACUGCAGAAGAUUUCAUGCAACAAAGAUGAGCAGGAGAAAGGCUUUUCAGAGGCCCCAACUAAUGCUCCAAAUCCCUGUGAUGACUUUGCAGCCCACUUACAGAGGUUCAUCCUGACACCCCUGUCAGCCCUGCUGUCGUUAUUCCCAGGGCCUCAAAAGCUCAUCCAGAAACGCUAUGACAAGCUGCUAGACUACAACAGCCACCUAAGACGGGCAGCGGGAGACGAGUCCGACUUGGCUAAAAAGGAAUAUGAGGCUCUCAAUGCCCAGCUUGUGGAGGAGCUCCAGGUGUUCAACCAGGCCGCUCGGAAGAUUCUGUCCAACUGCCUGAGCAGUUUCCUCACCCUCCUCAGAGACCUGAUGCUCAUGGCACAGCGGCUUUAUGCCACAGAGGGGUCGGUACCACUUUUGGCUUCAAGCAUCUCUGAAAUUCAGAAUCAAGUUUUAGAAGAGGUUCAAAAUCUGAAUUUUGUAAAGGACAACAGUGUCACCUUUAUUGAGAGGAAACUUAGUUUUGAAAAGAAGAAGCCUGUGCAAAUUCUGCCAGAAGUGCCACGUCAAACUGACAUUCACCGCUCCAAACUUCUAUCCACAUACAGUUCAGAGGAAAUCUAUCAAGCUAAGCGCAAGUGCAAUGCCACACAAGAAUAUGACAUCAAUCUUCUGGAAGGGGAGUUGGUGGCUGUGAUGGAACAGAAAGAUCCACUGGGGAGUACAAGCAGGUGGCUUGUUGAUACAGGAAUUAUAAAAGGAUAUGUGUAUUCCUGCUUCCUAAAACCCUACAAUCCAGCAAAAGUGCAGAAGGAGGAUGCUGAGAACAGGUUCUGUGAUGAUGAUUUUGAUAACAUCAGCCUCUUUGUGUCUUCACGGCCAGCUAGCGACAGUGUCACAGGCACCCCGGAGGGUAGCGUAAGUGAUAGCAGCUCGUCUCUUAGUGGCGCAUAUGGGAAGUUUGAAACAAAUGGCACUGAUGUUGACAGUUUUCAAGAGGUAGAUGAUCAGAUUUUCUAUGCAGUUCAUGCCUUUCAAGCACGAAGUGACCAUGAACUCAGCCUUCAGGAAUACCAAAGAGUCCAUAUAAUUAGAUUCUGUGACCUAAGUGGCAAUAAAGAAUGGUGGCUAGCUGAAGCUCAAGGGCAGAAAGGGUAUGUGCCAGCUAACUACCUUGGGAAGAUGACUUAUGCUUAAGAAAAUAAGUCUUUUGACAUUUUUUUUCUGGCAAGUUGUUGAUCGACUACCUCAUAAAACUGACAUUACAAAAUGCUGACCUAGAAAUGAAGAACCCUCCAGACUAUGUGAACUGAUACUGUAUCAGGUUUUAAGGAAGAUGUGCUUCCUAAGAAGAUUAUUUCAAUUGUAUUAUGCAGAAUAAAUGUUGAAGGAAACACUAACCAACAGAAACAGCAAGACAACCCAAGUUCCAACUGUCAAUUACUUAAAAGUGGAGAUCUUUGAAAGGGUAAAUGUGAUUUUUAUCAUAAAAGAUUGGCUCUAAGGAUAAGAUUUUUUUCAAUUUGCCAUAUUUUAUUUUACUCCAUUACAUAUCUUAUCUCAAGUAUUUUUUGGUUUUCAUAUUUGUCUCUUUUGCAUAUACAUGCAUGUAUAUACAUACACACAUAUAUGCCAUAUUGAUUAUAGUUUAUACAUGUGUACUAUAUGAUAUAUAGUAUCAUAUAUAGCAUAGUGUGUAUAUAUAUGUAUAUAUACACAUAGAUAUACAUACAUGCAUACUAAAGAGUAUACUAAAUAUACAACCAGGAAUUGAUUAAUUAGCAGCCAUCUUUGAUGUGAUCCUCUUUUCAAUGUUUUGAAAGGAAAAAAACCUGAUCAACAUGAUAAUAUUAUAUUUUAUUGAAUGAAUACAUGCCAGACAUUGUCCUAAAUGUUUUAUAUGUGGUAACUUAUUUGAUACACCAUUAUGAGGGCACUGUAGCCAAAGGAGGUUAAGUAAUUCAGCCCAGGUCACAUUGCCAGUAUAAGCAGCAGGACUGGGAUUCAAACCUGUCGGGUUCUGGGGUCCAUACUUCUAACUACUACAAUGUACCAGCCCUCCAGGAGUGUAUACAUUUGUGAUUACAAAUUACAUUGCAAAGCAUUUAGUUAUAUAAAUAGUGGACGCUGAUGAGGAACAUUUUCUUCUCAGAUUCACAUGUAAGUUUGAACUAUUGAGAAGUUUUUCAAAAUCACGGGCUAAAAAGAACUUCCAUAUAGCCUAUAGAAAAUGAAGUAUCUAGGUUUGCUAUUUUUAUUGUUUUGCUCAAACAUUGAAGUAUAAUUAUUUUAAAACAAUCCUACAUGAUUGCUCUUGAUACGUGAAUGAGGAAAUAUUUUUGGAUCGCUCAAUCAUUUGGAUGAUGAAAGGGGAAUGCAUUCCAUAUUGAGCCAAGAUGUAAAUAUUUUUAGUUACUGAUUUUUACAUAGAUAAGGCACGCAUUGAAGAUAACGUUUUCUGUAACACAAUGUCCUGGUACACUAAACAUUCAUCUGGAAAUAGCUCAGAAUUGUCCUCUACGAGUUCAGGCAUAUUUUGUCAAAGCAUUUUAUUUAACUAAAGAUGCUUCUUUGGAAUAGAAAAAAGAUUACGUUUAGUGGUUUCAUUUAAAAACCAAAAUAAAGUGGACUUUCAUUGUCCAUAUAAAAUGUGUUAAUAUGGCAUUACAAUUUAAGAUUAGAUCUCUAUAAUGUAUAUUGUUACAUAUAUUACUAAGGAAUAAAAUAAUGAAGACUGCUGCUUUUCAGAGGGCUACUGGCUUUAACAUAACAUAUAAGACAUGUACAACAGAAAUUCAUAAUACAUUUACAUGACAGAAGAAUUUACAUUUUACAGCAUUGUUUCUAAAAUUCUUAAACUAAAAAUGGUUUCCUAAGGUUCUACUGAUAAAUUGUUUUUCCGUAAAAGGUCUUUUUAUGUCUUUUAAAUAGUCCUUUGUACCCAAUAGUGAAACAUAAGUAAAUUCCAGUUUGCCUAGGGUAAAGCAAAAAGAAAUCCAAAUUUGCUACCUGUGGAAACUAUGAACAUGCCCAAACCAAAAUAAUGGGGAAAUUAUACAUAUGUGUGUGUAUAUGUAUAUAUAUAUUUAAAUUAGUUGUGACCUUAAUAUUCUCCCCAAAAUGAGAAUUACAUAAGUAUAACAUGUUUGUUUUUCUAGCUGAAAUAAACCACUAGAUGUAUAUGAAAGUUCUGUCUACUUGUGUGGUCCUAGGAUUGAUGCUUCCUGUCUGACCUUUGAAGAAACACACCACUAAAUUCACAACUGCAGUUAGUUGCUGAGCAAGUUGUAAUGAAGCCACCUACUGCAGUCCACCAUUAUUGUGAACAUAUAUUACUAUAAAACUGUUGCAGCUAUUUUUAAAAUACACCUACAUUUCAUUUCCCUUUUAGGUUUUUUUCUUUUAAUAUUAUACAAUAUCCUCAUUUUCUGAGUAUGUUGUUUAAAAUCAAAUAAUUGUAAUUCUGAGGUCAGACAUUAUUUUCUUGGGCCUAAAGGAAAUAAAAUCCCAAGAUAGUUAUGAUGUGAAAAAGUCUUCAAGAAGUUUAGAAAGAUGUAACAAUGUCAUCAGCAAUUUUAAUUAAGGUGAUGUAUACUAAUGUAAUUAUUUAUAUGUUUUUAAAGUAAAUGCUAUUGUACAGUACAGGAUUUUUUGAAUUUUUUUCAAGAAUGAAGGGGAAAUUUUGUGGUUGUUUUUCUCUGUAAAACAAAUAAAGUGUAUGUAAACAUUUUAUUUGGUAUUUAUUUUUAAAUACAGAUGCUCUAGACUAAUAUUAUACAUAACAAAGUUUAGAAAUUCUAAAAAAUCCAGUAAUAAAAAAUUACCAUGAGUCCUUAAAUUAAGAGAAAAAAUCAAAAAGCCACUACUUGAACAUUCUUUAUAUUUCAAGAAAAUAUCUUCUUUUAGUAUUCAUUAUAUAAAAUAAUUCUAUGAAGGUUGAGUUGUACAAAAGAAAUAUAAUGAAGUUAAUCAUAUAAAUGCAGCGUUGUGAACUACUUCAAGUGCUAAUAUAUUCCAUAUUUUGUCUAAAAUAUAACUUGGAUUUUUAGAGAUGGCUAUAAGUCCCUGUCACAUUUGUGAGGAAUAGUUGCAGAUGAUUUAAAAAAUUAGUGUUUUCACUACUGAAACUCUUCACUUUUCCCAUAAACUUCACAGAUAUGUCGAGUGGAAAAAUCUCUCAAAGCAAUGUGACUGAAGAGAAGAAAUCUUUAUAUUCUAAGAUCGCAGGAAAAUCACUUUAUUUAAAUCCUGUUUGUCCUAACUAUGG